CCAGAGUGCCACUGUCAGAACAGCCGAGGGAGGAAAGAAGAGAGUGGAACAAAAAUGGCAGAAAAUGUCCUUUAUGCUGACCUGAACUUGCCUGAACCAACCAGACCCAGAAACCUGAGGGUCCCUGAUGUCCAAGGCUCAGGUUGUAUCUAUGCAGAAGUGAAAGUGAAAUCCCAAGAGACAAAUGCUGCAGCAAACUGCAAAUCAUCGGGUAAAAGUUGUUGUUCCAGAAAACAUGUUGCCAUAUUGGUGGUGAUAAUCCUCCUACUGGUCCUGGCAGUAUAUUUAAUAAUCACAUAUGGUCCAACUGCAGGCAGCCAACAAGACUCAACAAGAACCAUCCCUGAAGAGGCACUAGGCUGCCCCACAUCAUGGAAGAAACAUGGGAGAAAUUGCUACUUCUUUUCUCCAGAGAAGAAACCAAAGGGCUGGGAAGCCUCUCGUGCAGAAUGCACCGCCAUGGGCUCAGACCUGGUGGUCAUUGACAGCAGAGAAGAGCUGAGUUACCUUCUCCCACAAUCAAGACAUAACUACUACUUGCUUGGUCUCACAUAUUCUCAAGAGGAGCAGAAGUGGAAGUGGAUCAACAACGUGGAACACGACCCAGCCAUGUUCAGUAUAAUUGGACAUUUCCGUGAUUAUCUCUGCACGGUCAUUGGAUUUGGUGAAGUACAGUCUGCACCUUGUAAUGGAUCCAAAACAACACAAAAUAUGUGUGAAAAAGCUGCAACAAUUUCAUAA